AUGGAAGAUCAUGGACCCAACCAAAAGAAAAGACACAAUGCUUUUGGUGUGUUCGUGGACAAACCACUUGGUAACCCAACUUCUGGCGCGUAUGAUCAAGACCACAAGAAGCUGAAACCCAAUUCUGAAGCCCCCUUAUCAACCUUAGAGCAACAAAUUCCUGCCUUACCUCUCCCCAAUCUUCUGGUUUCUGCUUUUAAGGAGAAUCCCACACGUGGUGUCAAAUUUCAGCUAUUUAUGAGCAGAUCUUUUACCACACCAACUUCCACUUCCCCUCCACCAGUAUACACAUUGAAAGUCACGAGUUCUUCAAACUCCACCGGGGAAGUUGAACCUGCAGGGAUCAUAGUUGAUGGUGGAGCAACAGCAGUGUUAAGAGAAACGAGGCUAGUAGCCGAGGGCCAAUUUGUUCUACGCUCUCGGCUCUAA